GCUCAGGGGGAGCAGUCGUGGUUGGAGCCCAAGCCAAUUACUUACCUUGUGCCAACACUACCUGGAGAGAAGAAAGAUACCUCCGGACCCCUGCCCGACUCUUACAGCCCGCAGUAUGUUGAGGCGGCCUGGUACCCCUGGUGGGAGCAGCAAGGCUUCUUCAAACCCGAGUAUCACCAACACUUAACUCACCGUGAGGAGUCUACCUUCUCCCUGUGUAUCCCUCCUCCCAACGUAACCGGCUCCCUCCACCUGGGUCACGCUCUCACUGUCGCAAUUCAGGACGCACUGGUUCGAUGGUAA